GUUGUGGAUGUAACCACAAUGUUACUGGCCCCAACGCAUACAACGCCCAGAGGCCAGGUGGUCCUGCAGCCCACAUAUUUCACGUCUUCCUUGUUUGUGGACCCCGCACGUGAAGACAUCGAUCACCUUAUUCAAGUCUACAUCGAGCGAUAUGGCAGGUCUCCGCCUCCUCAGCCUUUUGUGCUGUUCAAGGAGAUCUGGACCAACCGCGGAUGGACAUGGUUGCAUUUCAAGGCAUUUGACGCCAGAUCUCGCGAUUCCUUUCUUAAAGUCACUAUGCGACUCUUCUCAGAACGGUUAGCAGAAUCUGAGUCUCCUCUUAUUAGAGCUGCUGCUCUAUUCGGUCUUUACACCUUCUUUGCGACUCAGCCAUCGACGUCAGCUCCGCCGUUACAUGCCCUCGCUCAUCUUCCUGUGACAAUUGAUAUGUAUCAGUCUUUACUGAAGCUGCCCGACGUGCUCAAUACGGAUUUACUCCGCCCUUUGAGACCUCACGUAAUAUUUGUACUUUCCGCCUUGCAAAAAGCUCAGUUCUUUCUCAUACUCCCUCCGUCUAAUUUGUAUCCGCUUAAUCCUCGAGAACUGCCGAGGGAAAAAAUUAUGUCAGACGUCGCGGAUGCAUAUGAACAGGUAGCUUCUGCCACUACAAAUGCACCCAAGAAGAAAGGUCGACCGUCAAAGCAUGACAAGGUGAAGAAAUCUAGGGACGCUCUGGUUGCGCUGGACAAGUGGCUGGACAAAACUGCAUACACAUAUCAACCAUCUCAGGCUGCAAGCGCCGAGGCUCCACAACCUGUCACUACGCAUAUUCUACUUUCACAUCCGCCAAGCACGACGCGGAACAAUUACCGGGCAAAAAAAUCGGAGGUGCUAGAGAAGCUCGAGCCCAAUUAUCCGUAUGUCACUACUGAAGAAAGAGCGUCUGGACGAGCAGCUUUGGAACGAGCGAACCGGGGGGUUGUAAGCAGGCUACAAAAAAUUGAUGAGGAAGCGGCAGCAAGAGGAAUGGAGAUUGGGGGAGAGGGCGGGGAGCGGACUGGGCUACGUCGUGUUGAGAGAGCGGCUGAUGAACUGGGUAAUAUCGGUUCAUUGGGAGGUCGGGGCGGUCUCCUUGGAUUGUUGGAAGGCGCGGGUAUUGGACAGCAAGGUGAAAUUAAAUCAUAACUACAACCAAUGACAUGUCGAUGACACCACUAGUAAUGUCUCCCCUACCCAGCCCUAUAUAGAUGAAGGAAGAUAGUCGUUCCUUCUAAUAUAGACUGGAGAUAGACAUUUAUUGAUUGGGAGACGCGCU